GUUUGGGAACGUUUACGACUUCUUGAAGAUCUAUAAAAGCUACACACUUUUUUCUUCUUCUCAGUACGGAGUCAAGCUCUGGCAUAAACCUGAAAUUCCAAAAAAAUACACACAACAAAACAAGAAAAAAAAAAACAAAAUGGCCUCAUUACAGCGCAUCCUCCGACCGGUGGCAACCCGUCAGUUCGCCACCAACCUUCGCAUCUCCCCCAGCUCCGCAGCUGCCGCGCCCACGGCCUGCUGCGUCGUCGCCGCGAGGCGCUUCAACUCGUCCAAGCCGGCUACCCCUGAUGCCAUUCCAGACGGAGAGCUCGGCGUCGGCGAGCUGCAGGGUGCCAAAUUUCGCAUCGAGCCCCUGCGUCGUGUCGGCGAGGACGCGAGGACGAUGCGCGCCAGACUUCAACGUCAGUCACGGGGCCGAGGUACCCUCGAAUCCGAGCUCCUCCUUUCCACCUUUGCCAAAGCACACCUGCCCACCAUGACGGUGGAGCAGAUGCAACAGUACGACCGCUUCCUGGACGAGAACGACUGGGACAUCUACUACUGGGCCACACAGAGCGAGGACGGCGUGGCGGAGAACGCCAGCGAGAAGGCGCCGCAGGCGCAGACGCCUACCCAGAGCCCGCGACCCGGCGAGUGGGCCCAGACUGUUGGCACCUUCAAGCCCGCGUACAGGCCCGUGCCGUCGCGCUGGAAGGACAGCGAGAUCCUCGCCCUCCUGCGGAGGCAUGUCAGGGAGAGGUCUGCAGCCGGUGUGCUGGAUGGUGGGAAGCAGCAGACUCUGGGCAAUGACCAAGCCCGUUCCGGAAACACCGGCGGCGGGAUGGCUUUUAUGCCGCCGCUGAACUAAUUCAGGGCAGUGGUUUGUUUGUGAUGUUUCGAUAAAACUGAAAGUGUAUUUACUUUAUAUAUCCUGUACAAUUAUGGGUUUAUAGACCUGUUUAACACGGAACUACCGAUAAUGCUCACUUGGGUAUCGAUAUUCAGUCCACUGUCCCAAAUAGGUCUUCUACAGUUCAACAGUGUCAUCCGUUUCACCAAUUCAUCAAUACUAUGAACAAGUUAAAGCAAUCACAGGUUUCAAUUGAGUUAUUUUUUUUGUGUGGGAGUCCU